UUUUAAAUGUCUCUUUUUUUUGUUUCAUAUAAGUAAAAGUGCAGAUAAAUGAAUUUUUAUGCUAUACACUCUUCAUCAGCAAGAAAGGAUGAGCCGAGUCUGGUUCCACUCAGGAGAAAUAACAAUGUCACACAACCAACCAAAACCAAACAGUCUGAGGGACUCCGCGAGGAGGAAUAUGAUCUUGUUCCUGAUCUUAUAAUUGAUCAUUUACCUUGUGGAUCGAAAACUGAAUACAAGAAAAACAGUUUGUUGGGAACUGGAGGGUUUGCUAAGGUGUACAUGGUAACUGAGAUGAAAUCUGGAUCAGUAUUUGCGGACAAGAUUAUUAGUAAGGAGUUCUUUAAAAGAAAAGCGUCCGCGGAGAAAAAGGUUCAAAACGAGAUUGACAUCCACAUACGUCUGGAUCACGUGAAUAUUGUUCAGUUCCACAAGUAUUUUGAAGACUGCAACUAUAUUCAUAUACUGAUGGAGAUAUGCACCAACAGAACUUUAGUUCAAGUUCUCAAAAACAGGGAAACCAUCACUGAACCUGAAGCUAGAUACUAUCUUAAACAGAUUAUGGAAGGAACCAGAUACCUUCACUUGCACCAAAUCUUGCACAGAGAUCUUAAGCUGGGAAAUAUGUUUCUCCACAGAGAUAUGACGCUGAAAAUUGGAGAUUUUGGUCUGGCAACAAAGUUUAGACAGAACAACCAGCUGAGCAUGUGCGGGACUCCGAAUUACAUUGCUCCUGAAGUCCUCUAUAAGCAAGGUCAUGGAGUGUCAUCUGACAUCUGGGCAGUAGGUUGCAUCCUGUUUGCCUUGCUGUGUGGAUAUCCGCCUUUCGAAACCAAGGGGAAACCCAUGACUCAGUCUCUGAAGAACACUUACAAGAAGAUUAAAGAUGGUGACUUUAAAAUACCGAACCAGGCCAACCUCACAGAUAAUGCCAGGGAUAUGAUUGAAUUAAUGCUUCAUCCAGACCCUGAAAAGAGAGGACACCUUGGAAUGCCCAAUCAGGAUGAUUUUGAUGACCUUUUCCAGCAGCCUUUUCUUCUGGAGUUUAUCCCAAGUACUCUUCCUAGCUCAGCGAUCAGAACUGUACCAGACCUUGAAGAUGAAUUAAAAGCCUUGGAGAGAGGAAGUCUUUCUAACCAUGCAAAAUCUUCAGCUGUCAGCAUUACUGGAAGACGUCCCACGAAUGAGGAUGCAGGGUGUGGAAGUUUCUCACCAAUAUUUUCCCCCAGUAGUGUUCAGCUAGAAGGUUCCACCUUGAAACAGAAGUUUGGAAGUUUGUUUGAUAAGAAGACCCGGUUUAUCCAGAGGGUUCAUGAUGCUGUUGCAGCAGUCGUAGAACUUCAAGGAGACAGGCAGAGUAGGGACACUCGAUCCCUUCAUACUCAUCUACCUGUGUUUGUGUCCAAGUGGGUCGACUACUCCAACACGUUUGGGUUUGGUUACCAGCUCUCCAAUAAUGCUGUAGGACUUCUCUUCAAUGACUCCACCAGGAUGGGUUGCACCCCGGACAGAAAAGAAGUUGAGUUCAUUGACAUGAAGGGAAAGAAUUUCUUGUUCUCACUGGAAGGACCAAUUCAAUAUGGAUAUGAUCUCAAGAUGCGGGUUGGAAUACUGAAGAGUGUUAUCAACUAUAUGGAAGAUAAUCUUCAUGAUUCAGGGAAACCUUUGCAGGGAAUGACAGGUCUGAGCACUAACCAGAAAUCUCUGGUACCUCAUCUGAAGAAGUGGAGCAGACGGAGAGGAGCAGUGUCCAUGGAACUGAGCAAUAAUACAGUGCAGGUCAAUCAUCUAGAGGCACAUUGUAAGCUGAUCAUAUUUGAGACUGGAGUGGAGUUGUAUGUUACAUUGUUGGAUAAAAACAAGAGUGUCAUGACCCAUUCACUCUCUACACUACUGACCGAAGGUUGCCCGGAAACCCUCUACAGCUGGUUAACCCUGACCCUCCCAGAGAUCAGACAUCUAGCUAACCAAUAGGUGUUCAGAGGAGCUUAGGAGUGAGAAGUUCACUUUUACACAAAUAUGAGAAAUUUUCCACAUUGUUAUUUUUUUUAAUAGUUCUGUUGAAUCAUGUAUACCAGUUUAUUUCCCUAACUAUUUACUAAAAAUGUUUAUAUUUCAGCAGAGAGUAUAGUUUUUAAAAGUUUAAUUGCGCAGAGCGUAAAGUAAAUUUUGAAAGUUGGACUAACUUUCAGAGGGGGUUAAAUAAUAACUGAAGGUCCCCAUGAAAAAUAUGAUCUCUUGUAAAUAAGUAUUUACUUUGAUCUUCAAAUAAAUAAUGUAGAAAUGUGAUUACAAUAUGUAAUUGUCGUCCUAUUCAUAUUAUCAAGGUUUUCACUCUGCAGCGAAUCCAUUUUUGAUGAAUGUGAGCAAUACUUUUGUUCUAUAUUUUUUAUUGUUAAUUAUUUUGGGGAUUUUAACGCAUCAAUUUGUAUUUCAGAGUCAAUUAUACAUUUGCGUAAAAUAGACAUACGAAGCUGACGCAGUGAAAUAGUUACGCGGUAUUCUGGCGCACUGUAACUGUUCAAAACUUGGAGG